ACCGCACAGCAGCGAUGUCGCCGCCGAUGGUUUUCGUGGCAGCGAGGUGUGGAGGACGGCCAAUAUUAACGUCCUUUGGUCAGAGACCACCGCAACUGAUACGGCGGCAGCUGGUUCAUUCCCUGACCACACCUUUGAUCCCCAAACCUUGCGCACAUUUCCCGCGAACGUCCACCCUCCGAAGUAUCCCACUUUUCAUACCAAAUGCCAUCUUGCAAGUUCGCCAUCGCACUUAUCGCAAGAAGAUAACCAAGCCUCAAAAGCGAUAUUUUAAAUGGGUGGAACGCUUGAAGGCGGAAGGUCUCGAACCACCAAAGGUCGAGCGUCCUGUAAUGGAAAAUCGCUUCUGGAAAGUAGUGGGAAAUAUGAAGAUUUACAAGCCCGUAUCGCCAGGGUCACGUAACCGUCGGCAUCCUACCCGGUUUCAUCUUUGGCGUGGAGGUUGUAUUCAGCGUCUGUCGUACGGCAAGCGAUCCACUGGUGGAAGGAACAACACUGGGAAGAUCACAGUUCGCCAUCGUGGUGGAGGGCACAAGAAGCGCGUGAGAAUGAUUGAUUUCCAUCGUACUACUCCCGGGCCACACGAGGUUGUUCGUUUGGAGUACGACCCCAACCGAAGCGCUGAACUCGCCCUGCUACGAAAUCUGUCUACCAAUGAGUUCAGUUACAUCAUUCGCCCGGCUGAUGUGAACCCAGGCGAUAUUGUGCAAUCAUGGCGGGAGGGAAUUCCCCAACCUGCUGCCGGGGAGGAUCCUAUCCCUAAAAACCAAAUGAUUAAAAAGGGAAACUGUCUCAUGCUCAAGGACAUCCCGGUCGGUACGGAGAUUCACUGCAUAGGCCUGAAGGCGGAUGGACCUGCAAAGCUUUGUCGAUCUGCUGGAGCAUCAGGGCAACUUCUCUUCGCCGGUCAAGAAGGAAUGGCCCAAGUUCGGCUUUCCAGCAAGGAAGUUCGUCUCAUUCCUGUGGACGCAUGUGCGACCAUUGGUGUAGUAGGCAACGAGGCCCAUCAACAUCGUAACUGGGGCAAAGCUGGUGCACGUAGGCGAAAGGGGAUUAGGCCUACUGUUCGUGGUAUUGCGAUGAGUCCUGUGGAUCAUCCUCACGGAGGUGGCGGUAAAAGUAAGGGCGGCAAGGAUCCGAGGAGUCCUUGGGGUUGGAAAACAAAGGGAUGGAAGACCGUUCGUAGAAAGAAGUGGUAUGUUGUGAAGACGAAGCGGGAGGCGAAAUUGGGUCGCUCUUGAUUGUGGGACAUAGCAUCAAAUAGAGGGACAUUAAUAAUAUAUGCACCAUGAGAUAUGAUUACCGCUGGUGGCCUUCCGGUAAUGGAAUAUGCCAUGCACAUCACCUC